AUGCUCAAGGACAUUGCCACCGACUUGGGCAUUUCCACCACCUCCGGCCAGUCCAUCUAUGCGGAGCCAUACAAGUUGCUCAUUCACGAGGAAGGCGCCAUGUUCAAGGCGCACACCGACACGGAGAAAAUCCCCGGCAUGUUCGGCACCCUCAUCAUUUCUCUCCCGUCAGCCCACCAAGGCGGUGACAUUGUUCUCAAAUACCAAAGCCAGACCACAAUCUACAAAACCUCCGAACACAAGCAAUCCUGGGCCUGCUGGUACUCUGACGUCUCUCACGAAGUCCUCCCAAUCCACUCAGGCUACCACAUCGUCCUAACCUUCAACCUGGCCAUCAGAUCCGCAGGUCAAACCACCACCAUCCCCCGUCCCAUGGCCCCCUGA